AUGGCCAAAACGAAAUGGAAUCUGCUGUUCGCCACGUUCAUUCUAUCGUGUGUUUCAUUAACCGCUCUGAUAGUCUCCUUGUGCACGCCGUAUUGGGUUACUUCGGAAGCGUUCGAAUUAAGUGCAUUUAAGAACAGCGAAAUAAACUAUGGCCUAUUUUCUGGUUCUUUGACUCAAAACUAUCUUCCUAAUCCGCGAUACUAUAAUCUUACGCUUACCUGCCUUUAUCAGGAAUACGUGUGCGCGUUCAGUUGUCAAAAAGACGAGGAAAGCCGAAGCGACGAAGUAUUAAAACUUUUGAAAGGUUUACGUCCAGAUGAUUGUCCCCUUCCUUCAUCAAAGAUGUUAAAAAUCAUCAGCCAACCGGGUCCAAACAUAUUUUCCCAGCAUCGACAGACAUCAGCUGCAUUCGAUCGUAGUAACUUUAUCAACACUGGACUUUGGGUUUCGACGGUAGUGUUUAUCGGUAUAGCUACAAGUUUUGCAGCAGUUUCCGCUAGUUUCUCUAUAAUUAACGUGCUGUUCAAUCCGGUCGAACCAGUAUUCAACGUUUUUGGAUUGUUCAUUUGGAAUGGAGUGGCCAUCGGAGCGACAGCUCUUUGCAUGAUAAUGUGGGGAGCACUGUUUGCUGGGACGCUUAUCGACAAUAUCGCUAUUACAGAUACGCUGACGAUACAAAUUCCCUACACUUCUUCCGGUUUAGCUGCACUAGGAGUUUCCUAUUGGGUUUUAUUUUUACCCAUUGUGCUGCACGGGGUCAACAUAGGUCUGCUGUUAUGGCGUAGGUACAUCAUCAAUAAGGAGCCUCCUCCUACAACGAUAGAUGUUGAUCGGUCAGAUUUAACCAUUAUUAUGUUUUGA